ACCAGCCCCUAGUGGGCACCUGGCGGCAGCGGAGGCGGCGGAGGCAGCGGCAGAGGCGGGCGGACUGGGGGCGGCGCCGCGCGACGUCACGCAGCAGGGUGGGAGAGCCCGCAGGUGACAUCCCGGGGUCCUCCUCCCCUUUUUCAGCUCGCUCGGCGGCCGGGACAGCGAGGGCCGCUGUGAGGAGCUCCGCGCUCGCGCCGCCACGCGCCGCCGCUCCCUGUUCUCUGGCGCGCCAGGCGCUGGGGCUCCGCUCCCCGAAGGAACCCAUUGUAAGAGCCAGAAAAUCCUGUGGAAAAUGGCCUUCAGUGAUCUUACAUCGAGGACCGUAUAUCUUUAUGAUAAUUGGAUCAAAGAUGCUGAUCCAAGAGUCGAAGACUGGCUCCUCAUGUCCUCGCCUCUACCACAAACCAUCAUCCUGGGGCUCUAUAUCUAUUUUGUCACUUCUCUGGGACCAAAGCUCAUGGAGAACCGAAAGCCCUUUGAACUCAAGAAAGCGAUGAUAACGUACAAUUUUUUCAUAGUACUCUUUUCUGUGUAUAUGUGUUAUGAGUUUGUGAUGUCUGGCUGGGGUACAGGUUAUUCAUUUCGAUGUGAAAUUGUUGACUAUUCCAGGUCACCUACAGCGUUGAGGAUGGCACGCACUUGCUGGCUUUAUUACUUCUCCAAAUUCAUCGAGCUGUUAGAUACUAUCUUUUUUGUUCUGCGUAAGAAAAAUACCCAAGUGACUUUUCUGCAUGUCUUCCAUCAUACCAUCAUGCCAUGGACCUGGUGGUUUGGAGUCAAAUUUGCUGCAGGUGGUUUGGGAACAUUCCAUGCCUUUCUAAAUUCAGCUGUGCACGUGGUCAUGUAUUUCUACUAUGGACUAUGUGCACUGGGGCCAGCCUACCAGAAGUAUUUGUGGUGGAAAAAAUAUUUGACAUCAUUACAGCUUGUGCAGUUCAUUAUUGUCACCAUCCACAUAGGCCAGUUCUUCUUCAUGGAGGAUUGCAAGUACCAGUUUCCAGUCUUUCUGUACAUCAUUAUGAGUUACGGAUGCAUCUUUCUGCUGCUCUUUCUCCAUUUUUGGUAUCGUGCUUAUACCAAAGGUCAGAGGCUGCCCAAAACUGUGAAAAAUGGAAUCUCCAAAAACAAAGAUCACUGAAAUUGAAGCACAACGUGAAUCUAUGAAUCUAUGUCUUUUCAAUCAAUUUCCUUGACAAUCAAGAGAUAUUUCCAUGUGCAGUGCAUUUUGUAUAUUUUUCAAAACCAAGAGCUUGUAUUUUUAUGAUAAGUUAUUGGGGUUUCUGAUAUUUGAGAGCCCAAAGCUCACAAAUAAGUGUCUUCUGAUAAUUAGAGCCUAAAGCAGCCAGUUUUUCAGCUGCUUUUAAACCUAAUCCAAAGGGUUUUGUUUAAUACAUUUUGUUACAAUGAGAGUAGGAUGUAAACAGUACAGUGUUUUUCAAAGAAGUUCAGUAUAAAUGAAAAAUAUCAUUAGAUAUUUUGAGCACGGACAGAGAUCCAUGCUGUACAAAGGAUUCUUUCUGCCAGGUCUGGAAACCUCUAACUGUGGACUCUGGCUUUGUAGCAAGUUGACUGUAUUCAGAAGACACUAUGUUUACUCUAGAGUUAAAUUCCUGUUUUAAAGAACUAACAAAGGUGAACAUGAAGUGAAUUUUUGGUAAGUUAUUUAAAAUCAAUAACAAUAAUUUGGAAUGGAUCUCUUGAGUAGCCACCACCAGUUUUGCUGAUAAAAGACUUCCUCACAACCUUUUGUUGUAUAAAAGUGUUUAGAAGUAACAAUCGUUUUGAUUAGUACAUUGAUGCACUUGACACUACGGUUAUGUUAAUAUUUUGAAAAAAGGUGAUUUGUUUGGAUGGCUUAAUGAACACUUUGCUAUUGCUGUUUUUUAAUUAACUUUCUUUAUAUCUGGAAAGAGGUUAAGUUGUCAGUGGAAGAAGUACUGUGUAGUUCAGUGGGAAAAAUCUGUUGUCUGUUGUAUUAUAAUGUCACUUUCUCAUAUUUCUCACAGUUUAAGGGAUUAUCUUGGUGAAAUAUAUAUUGGUUAGAUGUGUAAAUGUUCAUAUUAUUAGCAUACUGCUGGUACCCUUAAAUCCUAAAUUAUUUUAGACCACCCAUCACACAGUUUUUAGAGAUGUGUUAAAGUGGCUUGUGAAGCAAUUGGAGGCAAAUGGUGACACAGAGAUUAUCCAGGGAAGAUUUAGUAUAUAAGGGCCUCUCUCAAUAAAGAAAUAGAGAGACUGCAUAAUACUUACUGUUAUAAAUACACUGCAUGAGAAAAAUGUUUUCCAGAAUUAUUAAAUAACAGCCUACAUUUCUUUUUUCACUUAUAAACUGUAUAAUGAAGGACUAAAAUUUAUUUUACAUAGGUUUCAUUUCUUUAAAAUUGCUACUUUCUAAAAUUCUCACAUUUUCUUGGAGAAUUCAAACCUAAUGGUCAGUCAGUAGAGUUUUGUCCAAGAAACAGCAAUAUUUGGACAUUUCUGAAUUUUUCCUUAUAGCUUGUUUUUUCCUGUUAUAUUUAUACUCGAUUUUUGAAGGGCUGCUUAUGCUUGUAUGACUUUAAACAAUUAGUACUUAUAUAGGGCCUCAGUUAUUGUGUAACACACAGUGAUACUUAUUGUACAACCAAGUCUGAGUGUUUACUUCCUAUAAACUCCUGUAGUUCUGUGUCUCCCCCAAACCAUGACAUUAAUCUAUACCAUGGCCUUUUGUCUUCACACUUACCAGAUUCAUAAGGUGAUGUGCCUUUCAGUGACCUUUUGUGACUUCACUUGCUUACAGUGAAGAAGAUGAGGGUUGAGAAAUGGGGGGAAUUUCAUUUUUUAAGAAAAUAAAGAAUAAAGAACAGGAGAGUGGAGCUAAAAGAAAACAGCAGGUCUAAUUUAUUUCUCUUGAGGAUCUCAAGAUUCCUUAAGUGUUUUCCUGUUGGGCUCUUCAAAUCCAACCUGUGCUAGGUGAGAAGGUAUGGUAGGUGCUGUUAUGUACAUACACAAUUGCCAAAGAUCCCAGUGGAGUAAAGACCAAAACCAAGCAAAAAUAAAAAAAGGUGAAACGGGAGAGUUUGAUUUCUUUUCUUGCAUACUUUCUGACCUGCACUGUACAACCGCUCCUCGCCACCCUGUCUGUCGUCUUUGAAAUGUUUGACAUGCUUAUCAGCUGACAGCCACAUGCGAUGGAACCACAUUCUAAAUUAUGUGACUCAAAGGGGAGAGCUAGAAUGUUACAUGAAAAGAAAUCGCAGCUGGCAGAAGCGUCCUCCGUAUAAACAUCAGCAGAUCCUUGGAUGUAGAAUUUGCACAGGCAAUGUUUUAUUUAAGGGCUUUGUGGGUCACAGAGAGUUUCUACUGGGGUUUCAUCCCACUUUUCAGGACUUUAUUGCCUUUGGGUUUGCUUGCCUACCAAGUAAAGAGCCCAGUUAGAAAAUUUGCUUUAUAACAUAAGGCUCUAUGAAUCCUUGAGAACCUAUAUCUGUAUUAUAAAUAAAUAGAAAUACAAAAUUUUAAAUAUCUAUGGGGACAUUGCCAUUUUACCGUCUUACUUGAGUAGAGUACUUAAUUGCAUAGACUGCAUUGUUAUCUAAAUUAUAAAAUUAUGUUAUCUUAAUUAUCUUUAAUUAUCCCUUAUUUCUGUCAAAGUUUUAGACUGGGGAAAAGUCUGGAUAUUGUCAAAGUUUGUACGUGUGUGUGUGUGUGUGUGUGUGUGUGUGUGUGUGUGUGUGUCUUUUUCUGUAGACUAACUGUAUAUGUUUGCAUGGGUAGGUUUUUACCUAGAAUACUCAUUUAGCCAAGGCACUGGACACAUUUGUUGUACACUUGCUAUGUUCCUAGCCCCGUGCGAAACAUUAGAAUAAUACAGAGAUGCCUGUGACACAGUCGGGACCUCCUGGAAUUUAUAGACUGGCAGAGGAAAUUUUGUUAUGAGGCAGAUAACUGAGAGAUGCCAUAUGAGUGGGAAUCCUGUGCUUAGCAAGCAGUGAAGGCUCUAGGAAGGGAUUUUCACUUGAGUUCUGUGUUUAAGAUGUACAGAAUUUCAUACUGGGUGUUGGGUUAGUGGGCAAAGUAUUCUAAGUGAAAAAGAAAUAGCAAAACAAGGGCGAGGGGAAUGAAAGUAUUAGGAAAGCUGAGGGAAUGGCUGAUAGACUAAAUUAAAGUGAGGCUCCCUGAAGGU